UUAAUAUUGGUCUGUUCUAUUUCUGUCCUCAUCUCCUAUUCUCACCCCCCUGUCCUCAUCUCACCCCCCUGUCCUCAUCUCACCCCCCUGUCCUCAUCUCACCCAUCUCCUAUCCUCCUCAGUUCUCAGCCCUGACCAUCCCUGAGCCCAAGGACACAGCCACCGCCGCCAUCAACACACAGGAGGCCGAGGCGAACAAAGCUGCUGUUGCCUACGUGGAGGCUUCCAAAGCUCGUAUUGGCCAGUAUGAGAAGGAGCUGGAGAAGUUCCAGAACAUGAUUCCCUUCGACCAGAUGACCAUCGAUGAUCUGAACGACACGUUCCCUGAGACCAAGCUGGACAAGGAGAAGCACCCGUACUGGCCUCACAAGCCCAUCGCUGAGCUGUAAACUGGCCCCCGGCGCUUCCUAGAUAAUAUACUUUCCUCUGAUGAAAGGUUGUAUAGUGUCCUAUGUAUAAAGUCAAGUCCCGUUUCAUCGACAGACAGUUUUGUGAAAUAACUGCUUAUUGUUAUUGAGCGACUGAGGAAAGGUCAUCUGGUCCUUUUGAAUGGAAAUAAACAUUUAUGGAAACUGAA